AUGGGGGACUGGAACUUGUUGGGGAAGCUGCUGGAGAGCGCCCAGGAACACUCCACUGUUGUGGGCAAAGUCUGGCUGACAGUGCUUUUCAUCUUCCGCAUCCUGGUGCUGGGAGCUGCCGCUGAGAAGGUGUGGGGCGACGAGCAGUCCGGCUUCACGUGUGACACCAAGCAGCCCGGUUGUCAGAAUGUCUGUUAUGACAAGACCUUCCCCAUUUCUCACAUCCGCUUCUGGGUGAUGCAGAUCAUCUUUGUCUCCACGCCAACCCUCAUUUAUCUGGGCCACAUCCUCCAUCUGGUUCGCAUGGAGGAGAAGGAGAAACAGAAGGAGAAGGAACUUGCCAUCCAGAUUGAAAAGCAGCAGCAGUUGCUUGGCAACAAGGCCAAGAAGGCCCCAAUUAAAGACAACCAGGGCCACGUUCGUUUGCAAGGCACACUGCUGCGAACCUACGUCUUCAACAUUAUUUUCAAGACCCUGUUUGAAGUGGGCUUUAUCGUUGCUCAGUACUUCCUGUAUGGUUUUGAGCUCAAGCCAAUGUACACCUGCGACCGCUGGCCUUGCCCUAAUAUGGUGAACUGCUACAUCUCCCGACCUACUGAGAAGACGGUCUUCAUCCUCUUCAUGCUGGCCGUGGCCUGCAUCUCCCUGCUGCUCAACCUGGUGGAAAUGUACCAUCUAGGUUUCACAAAGUGCCACCAGGGCCUUCGUUACAGAAGAUCACAGGCUGCAAAUGUGGCUCCCAAGGCCCUAACUGAGACGGUCAUGCCGUUUGUCCCGAACUAUAACUACUUUAGUGGUCACCCUGCAGUGCCUGAACCUUUCCCUGUGGACUCGAAGUACAACAUGGCAGAGCCGAGCUCUGCUUACAGCCCCUACAACAGCAAAGUGGUUUACAAGCAGAACAGAGACAAUAUGGCCGUGGAGAGGAAAGGAAAAGCAGAGGAAGAUGACAUAAAGGAGAGGAAAACCUCCACUCCAGCCUUUGAGUUGCCUGUUGAAAAUCCACGCCGAAACAGUCAGUCAAGCAAGCACAGCAAUAACAAGAGCAGGCUGGAUGACCUGAAGAUCUAG